UCCCGCGCCCGCGGCCGCGCCUGCGCGCGCAGAUGCAGCGGGCCAUGGUGACCGUGAGGAACACGUUUCUUGCCGUCGAGAGCGCUGAGGAGGACGACCUGAAACUCCCUGGCGGCAGCCCCUUCUCGCGAUCGAAGUCAGUGGGCGACGAGCCGGGGGACAUGCAGGAGGGCGGCUCGGAGGAGGGCGACCCGCGCCUGGGGCACCUGAGCCGGCUGCUGCGCAGGGACCCCGCGAGCCCCGGGCACCCGGUCGCCCCGCUGCCCGCCUCGCCACGGGGCGCGGAGGCUGGCCCGUGGGGCCCGGAGCUGGCCGCCCCGCUGUCCGCCAGUGGUCACCUGACG